AUGGCUCCAGGAAGUGUCAUUAGCGUCUCCUCCUCCUCCUCCUCUUCUCCCUCUAGGGACACACCACCUCCUGGGUCAUCUGAGCUCCCUGGGGCCGACAAGCCAGGUCCAAGUCUCAGCAGAGUCCGAGUAGGCCAACGGAACCCACCCAUGCUCCGCAUGGUGCUGGAGGCUCUGAAGGCCAAAGAGAAACGCCAGGGCACGUCAGUUGUAGCCAUCAAAGUCUACAUCCAACAUAAGUACCCGACAGUGGAUGCCGCCCGCUUCAAGUACCUGUUGAAACAGGCCCUGGAAACUGGCAUGCGUCGAGGCCUCCUUACCAGGCCUGUCAACUCCAAGGCCAAGGGUGCUACUGGCAGCUUCAAACUGGUUCCCAAGGACAAGAUAAAGGGAGCCUGUGCCCCGAAAGCUCACAGGGGAGCCACAGAUGCCAAGGAGACCGGUCCCAAGAAAGCUAGGGAGCUGAAGAAAGACCAUGUCAACAAGGCCAAGAUGGAGAAAGCGGUUCCAAACCCAGGACAGAAGAGGAAGGCUUGUCCCUGCAUAGCACCCACCUUGGAGAAGGCACCUAAGAAAGCCAGUAAGGCAAAACUGGGAGAGAACAGAAUGGGUACCCUAACCAACAAAGCCACAGGGGCCCCUCCCAUUGCUAACAUAGGUCAGAAGGUCAAACAUGGUGGGAGCAAGGUGACAACCCCGGACCUAGGCAGGCUGGAAGCUCUAGAGGCCGUAGACCAUUUGCCCCCUCAUCUCACUACUCCCUCUUAUCUUCCAGAGGCAGAAGCCCAUAGGAAAACCAAAGAGAUGUGUGAGAAAACAAAGCCUUCAGCCAGCAAGGCAAAGAAUAGUGUUGCUUCGCUAACCAAAACGAAGAUGGCAGCCACGGCCCACAUUGAGACAGUUGUUGAGGGGCCUAGGAUGAUACACAAGACCAACAUACCCAUUCCUUUCCAGGACUUGGGACCCAAAGCACAACCCAUACAUAGGGUCAGAAAGACAAAGAAUCCCGAGAACCCCAAAAGGCCCGCGCUACCCCCCAAGACCUCAUCCAAGGCUCCUAGCAAAAUGGCCGAGGCUAGUAGCUAG